GAUGAAUUACCCAACACAUCAGAUUGUUACUAACGGUCUCAGUUAACACACGGUUAGAACCAUGAAUAAACUGCUUAUUUUCGCAUGCCUCGCAUCGCUAGUGUCCUGCUCACUGGCAGCCGGUCUUCUACAAAAAGCAGCUCAAUUGCUCAGAUUUGACAAUGACAAUGAUGGCACAGGAAACUACAGAUUCUUUUUUGAACAAGACGACGAAACGAGACACGAACAGAAAGGCACUUUGAGGAACGCGGGAACUGACAACGCAUUCGUCGCAUCUGAAGGAUUUUACACGUGGCGAGCUCCUAAUGGAAUACUGUACUUGGUGAAGUACAUCGCUGAUGAGAACGGCUUUCAACCUACAGUGGAAGAAGGGCCAGGCGCCUUGCCUCCUGCUGCCACUGCCAGUUUGUUAGGCUGAGAUAAAUUUAAUUUUAAAAAUU